CCCGCCCGCCUGCCGCCGUCGCCAUGGCCUCGCUGCUGAAGGUGGACCCGGAGGUGAAGCUCAAGGUUGACUCCUUCAGGGAGCGGAUCACGAGUGAGGCUGAGGACCUGGUGGCAAACUUUUUCCCGAAGAAGCUGUUAGAACUUGAUGGGUUCCUUAAGGAGCCUAUCCUGAACAUCCACGAUCUCACUCAGAUCCACUCAGACAUGAACCUCCCGGUGCCUGACCCAAUUCUUCUCACAAACAGCCAUGAUGGGCUGGAUGGGCCAAAUAUGAAAAAGAGGAAGCUGGAAGACCACGAAGAGACCUUUCAGGGUACGAAAGUGUUUGUGAUGCCUAAUGGGAUGCUGAAGAGCAACCAGCAGCUGGUGGACAUCAUUGAGAAAGUGAAACCAGAAAUCAGGCUGCUCAUUGAGAAGUGUAACACGGUCAAAAUGUGGGUGCAGCUUCUCAUUCCCAGGAUAGAAGAUGGAAACAACUUUGGUGUUUCUAUUCAGGAGGAAACAGUGGCUGAGCUUCGAACUGUGGAGAGUGAGGCAGCAUCCUACCUGGACCAGAUUUCUAGAUACUAUAUCACAAGAGCAAAGCUGGUCUCCAAAAUAGCCAAGUACCCUCACGUGGAGGACUAUCGCCGCACAGUGACCGAGAUCGACGAGAAGGAAUACAUCAGCCUGCGCCUCAUCAUCUCCGAGCUGAGGAACCAAUAUGUCACUUUGCAUGACAUGAUCCUUAAAAACAUCGAGAAGAUCAAGAGGCCUCGAAGCAGCAAUGCUGAGACCCUUUACUAAGUGUCAACAUUUGAACUUGAGAACUGUUCAGUCAACUAAAGACCGUCAUUGCCUUGGUUUGUUACAUGACUAUGGAGAUGGGAAGCUGGCUGGAAAUAGUCUUGCAUUGUUAGUUAAACUCUAAAGAAAUUCUCACCUAGUUUUGUGAUUGGUUUUGUUCAGGGCUCAGGAGCUCUCCCUCCCUCUAGUAACUGGUAAUGAGAAGGCUGCUUUGGGGUGCCCUAGGGGCUGCUGCAGAGAGCACCAGCCAGGCAGAAACAUUCCUUCAUGCCUUGUUUCCUACCUGAAUAGGAACCACACUAGAGACCAAGUCCUUGCCCUGUCCCAUCUCAUGUCUGGAGGUUUUACUGGGGUCUCUGGGGCAGGCUGUUCAGCAGGAGGAUGAGCCCAGGUGGUGGGGCAGUGCGGGGAAGCUCCUUCCUCACUGCUGGCUGUAGCUGUACC